AUGACGCCCGUGUGGAAACAACGGUUCGGAUGCGGCUACACCGCGCCAGGUGCGAGAUGGAGAGCGGCAUGUCAGUCAGGAGGUGAAAACUCUCACUCUUCGUGCUUUAAAAGUAAAACAUUAUAAUUUCUCUCAAAUAUAUAUAUAUUGUUUAGUCUUAUUAUUUCUGUAUUUUAGAAAAAAAUAUAGCAUUUGUUAUGUAAAAAAAAAAAGUGCAAAUUGUGAGGCUCAUCCCAUGAAGGAUUCAAGAACGAGCAAGAACGAGUAAGAUACAGAUACAACUGUAUCUUGUAUUCUGGUCGCCGUUGUGGCUUCAUCUGUGCAUGAACCUCAGCGCUUUGGCCUUGUCCUUAUUGUUGUGUUAGUGUUAUUUUUAUGAGGUGUUUGUUUAUAGGAGGUUAGGGUCUGCCUCAGUGAAAAGCUGACAGAAAAAAUGUUUUGUAGCUUGAUGGGAGAACCGUGUGAAUUUUUGGGAUAGCCUUGUUAAAGGGGUAAAAUAGGUUCAUGGCACAUACUGUGUCAGGGAGGGAUCCCAUACCUCCUCUCCAACUCCAUGGACAACACAAGUGUGUGUGUGUGUGUGUGUGUGUGUGUGUGUGUGUCUGAAAGUGAAACGUCUUCAACUUUGACACUGUGUCUAAUGCUUCAUUAAACAUGCAGCUUCAGGAAAGAACUAGGCCACGCUUUUGUUGCUGUAGUGUGUAUGUGUGUGUGUGUGUGUGUGUGUGUGUGUGUGUGUGUGUGUGUGAUGUAAACAAAUCCGGCUGAUCAGAUUUGAGUCUUUUCCAUCCCUCGGACUGCACGGGCCAUUUGAGAUUCUUUGAGCGCCCCACUCUCCUGUCUAAAUUAUUAACGCUUCCUUAAGACACGCGCACACACACACACACACACUCAUACAUACACGAUGAGGACCACGCAUCAUGUUACUUCCUUGCUUAUCUAAGGAAAAGCAGUAGCCCAGUUAACCUAUACAGACAGUUGAUGAUGACAAAUUUGGAAAUUGGAAAGAAAUCGUCUCAACUAAUUUAUCUAACUAACCUGUUGAUUCUUUAAUCUCUCUCUCACCCCUACAAUCUUUACCCCUUUUUCUGUCUCACUCUCUUUCUCACCCUUUUCCCCACAUAUUUCACUUCUCUCUCUCCGCUCUCUCCCUGCCUCCCCACCAUCCUCUCUUCCCCCCUUCUCUCACAGAUUCCUCCCUCUCUAAGCGUAUGGGGGGUGUUCCCCACCCACAGCCCUGGCCCUCUCUCCCCCUCCCCCAUCUUGACCCCCUCCCUCCAGCCACUAGGACCCAUCUCCCUCCUCCUUUCCCAGUCUUCCACACUCGUCAUGCUGAGCAGAGUGCCGAGCGACCACGCUUGGUCACUGUGGUCCGACCAUGCGGUCACAGCACCCUCAGGAAGGUAACGGUCCAGAAUGAAAUGAUUAAUGAUUACAAAGUAACCAACCCUCUUUCUGGAGAGCUACUGGAUCUGCAGGAUUUUGUUCCAUUCCUGCAGUAACACACCUGAUUCAUAAUGGAAGAAGCUGGCUUCAAUUACAUUUUAUUAAAUUAUAAUGAUAUGGUUGGCUUGGCUCCCACAUGUUCAGUACUUCCUGGUUUAUUGAUGACAUCAUCUUUAUGCCUGGUCAGGUGACAUUGCUGUUGAACCGUAGGAGUGUGGUCUCGUACGAGCAGCUUCUAUCUGACAUCUCCGAGGCGCUGGGGUUACCUCGCUGGCACAGGGCCAGAGUCACACGCCUCUACACACCUCACGCACGAGAGGUAACUACACGCACACAACAACAACAACAACAACAACAACAACAACACACCUCUAAAUCCAGGUGUGUGUGUCUAACCCUCCAGGUGCGGGGUGUGUGUGAUUUCUUCCGUGGCGAAGCAGCGUUCCUGGCAUUGGGAAAGUCUCGUCCAGAGCUCCGGAGCGUCGAGGAGGCCCUGGAGGAGCUGUUUCCACAACAUUCCUGUUACCGCAACGACGCACUCCAGGCCUGGGAGAGGAGGUUACGACCUUCACCUGAUAAAGCUGCCAAGGCCGACAGCGGAUACAGCGAGGGGACAGACAUACACACACACACCGACAAGGACACACACACAAGCCUCGACACGAACACACAGACACACAGCGUUACACACACACAGGGACGCAACCUGGACACACACACACAUACACACAAAAACACACUGACACAACACAAUAAACACCCAAACACACUGACACACCCAAACAGGCAUCCCACACACAAAAACGAACACCCAACCAGACAGUCCAUACACCCUAUUCACACACACCUGGACACGGAUGCACACACACACCCUAACAAACAUUCUAACCGACACUCCACACAUCCCUCUCACCCCCCCAAUCACCUUCAGAGGGUCAUAGUGAAAGUUGGAGCCAGAAAGAUUAUCUCCUCACCGAUAGGUCCACUCACCCAGGAGGAGGAGCUAGGAGAGGAGCUAGACACGCCCCCUCCUCCACGCUGCAGGAACUGUAAGCCCUCUGAAGGACCCAAUCUGAGAGCAGGGAGAGCUCCAUUUCCUCCCGUAACCAGGAAGCAAACAGGAAACAGACCAAAUGACCAGGAAGUAGAGAAACCUCACGUCGGUCCCACCCCACGCCACACUGGACCAAUCUGCAGGUUUGAGCAGGAGUCCCUCAGCCAAUCAGAACGUUCAUCCUCAGAUUCUAAACAGGAAGAGGCGAGGACUAAACAGGAAGUGAUAUUUGACCUCCCAUCUAAUGGUAGUGAUGUCACCCUGUCGGACAUCGAGCGUUGCUAUGACAUUGGCCGCAUGGUUGGAGACGGGAACUUUGCGGUUGUGCACGAGUGUCGUCGGCGCGACAAUGGGGAAGACUUCGCUGUGAAGAUUGUGGAGCACUCAAAGCUCAUUGGCCGAGAGCACAUGAUGCAGAAUGAGCUGAGCCUUCUGGGUAGCCUGUCACACCCCGCGUGGUUCGCCUCUUCACACACCACCACACACACACACACUCCUAUCUCGUCAUGGAGAUGGUUACCGGGGGCGACCUGUUUGAGGCAAUCGCGGAGCGUGGGAAGUUUCCAGAAGAGGAGGCGGGGCUGAUGGUGUGUGAUGUCAGCGAGGCUCUGAAAUACAUCCACAGCAAGACCAUAGUACACAGAGAUCUGAAACCUGAAAACCUACUGGUGUGUGUGUGUCUGUGUCUGUGUGUCUGUGCUGGUGUGUCUGUGUGUCUGUGCAGGUGCAUAUGUGUGUGAAUACAAGCAUUUCAAGCAUCUCUCUCUGUAACCCACUCUCUCCCUGCUGCUCUCUCCAUCUCUCUCGCUCUCUCCCCCCUCCCUCUCUCUUCUAGGUGGAGUGCAGUAGUGAUGGUGUCAGUAGGUUGAAGCUGGGUGAUUUUGGUCUGGCCAUGGUUGUAACAGAACCCAUCUUCACUGUGUGUGGAACUCCCACCUAUGUCGCCCCGGAGAUCCUCUUAGAGACAGGUGACACGUCUAUCACUUUAUAUAUACCUUUAUCUAUCACUCUACAGUAGCUGUGCGUGUGUUGUGAUAAUUACGUUGUUUUCUCUAUAACCUGUUAGUUCAUAUGCCUUGCCACCGUGAUAUAUAGGCCUAAGGCCGAGACAAUAAGAAGACAAAGUGGCAGAAUAAAUUACACCACACCUUUGUUUCAUCACAAAACCAGAGAGCAACAUCUGUCCGGUGAAGUCCACAAAGCAGUUUGCAUGUAACAAACAGUUACAUGACCUACAGAAUGGUCAAGCAAGUUAAUGGCCAUACACAAAAAUGUAUGCACGCAUGACUGUAAGUCGCUUUGGAUAAAAGCGUCUGCUAAAUGGCAUAUUAUAUUAUAAUUAUAUUAAUGAGUACCUUUACAUGCACACUAUUAAUUCGAUAUUAAACUGAUUAUGGCAGAAGGCCGAGUAUGGCAUUAGUCAUGUAAACACCUUACUCUGCUUAUCUUAAUCAGCGUAAGGUCAUAAUCGAAGUAAGCAUACACCGAUUAAAACACCUGGUUUUGUGUGCAAUCUUUCGAAUUAUUAGGACAUGUAAACAGCUUAAUCAGCAUUCCAGUGGUGUAUUUGAUCUGCGCAUGUGCCAGCACCGGGUAGCGCAAGCUUCCCUCUUAUGCGCGAGUGAAGUGAUUUUGGAAAACCUGAACGUAUGCAUCUUAUAAAUAGUUUUCACAUACAAACUUUACAUGUCCGAACCCAGAAUCAAAUAGUAUUCACAAAAAUAACAUGGUCACUGUGGUAGAACGUUUAUUUUGAUUGGCGAUUUUCUGCAUUUAUCAAAGUCCCAUCAGGUAGGCUGAUUUCAGAAAUAUUAGGGAAAUCGUUCUUCUUGCAAAGUAUGUAAACGUUUUAAACAAACUAUUAUAUUAACCUGACUACCCACAAUAAUCGUAUUAUUGUGUGCAUGUAACCGUGCUCAAUGUUGCCGACAUUUUCGGAGAGUUACCGCAAGGCUAAAAAGAAAACAGGAGCUGCCUCCACUCUUCCAGCACAAUUUCAACGUAAACAUUUAAAAAUCAUCAAUGCUUAGUUUAAAACUAAAAGAUACCAAAAACAAUUUAGUCCAACCAACGUAAACUAAAUAUGAUGUGGCCGUCCAUGGUACUGAUUUGUGUUUGUGUGCUUGCAAGUAGAAAAACAUGUUGACUCACCCUACUGGUAGAGAAACGCCAAUGACAUCCUCCUCUCUUUCAUGUUGCCGAAACGGUCUAUGACUCUCAUACAGUACACUUAGUUUUUGUUGUCCUAGGCUACCUGGCUAAAAUGCUUACUUGUUAGCCUAACUUCCUUUCAUAGGCAACGAUGCGCCAGGCCAGCUAGUUAACAUUAGCCUACUACAUCUAGCUACUUAUUGAACUUCCAUCCUCUCAGGCCAGGGGCACAAUAUAUGCAUUUAUGGUUGGAUCAGAAUCACCAUUAUAAUCAUUGGCCAGUAAGGAGAAUUAAGUAAAACCACAAGUCCAAAUCCCUAUCUCCUUCCAUGGCUAAUUUAGGAAAGGGAUGAUUUUAGCUAGCUAGCCACCAGAGGACAACGAGAUGCAACAAUUCAAGUUUUUUCUGUAAAUGAGUUCUGCUUUUGAUGUGAUGUGAUUGGUGUAAAGCCAAAUCCAAACUGGAUUCCCAUGACAUUUUUUUUGGUGCGCCAGGACCAUUCACAGUUGAGCUCACUCAGUUGAGCUCAACACUGAUUGGCUGUUAAUUAAUUAAUUAACUUUUAUCAAGGGAGGCCAAAUGCUCUCUGGCUUCCCUUGCAUUCAAUGCUACGGGUGGCAACAAUGUCAUACUCUUUCUGACCAGACAGCAUUAGAUAGAUGGGCUUGGGCUACACAUACUGAGAAAGAGGGGUGCUGUUUCGCUCGCUCAGAUGCUUUCUCCGGUGAGAUACAUUCAGCCUCUUGCAAAUUGAAGACAAAUUAUGAAACACAGAGAGACGAAAGAUUAAGUAUUUUAUAUGUUUUUUUGGUACAUUUUUGGGGGAAGUCUGGCUUCCCUUGGCAUCUAUGAAUACACACCACUGUAUCUAUCUAUCUAUCACUUAACUCUACCUCUGUCUCUCUCUCAUCCCUCUGCAGGGUAUGGUCUGCCAGUAGACAUGUGGGCGUUGGGGGUGAUACUGUACAUCCUGCUCUGUGGGUUCCCUCCGUUCCGGAGCAGAGACCGAGACCAAGGGAAGCUGUUCCAGCUGAUCAGAGAGGCUCACCUCACCUUCCUGUCGCCUUACUGGGAUGACAUCUCAGACGGUGAGACAUACACAUGGUUAUAGACAUAAGCAGGCACGUACACACAUGCUUGUACACACACACAUGCAUACAUACGCAUACACACGCACACUUGUAGACACACAUGUAUACACACACAUGCUCACACAUAUUUUACUGUGUGUGUGUGUGUGUGUAGGAGCGCGAGGCCUGGUGAGAGCGUUGCUGCAGGUGGAUCCAACAGAGAGACUGACGGCAGCUCAGACUCUGAAGCACCCCUGGAUUCAGACCACUACAGACCAGUACAGACCGGUACAGAUCAGUACUGACCAGUACAGACCAACACAGAUCAGUACUGAUCAGCAGAGCCCAGCACAGCCGAGCAAAGACCAACACAGACAUGAACAGAUCAGUGCAAACCAGCAGAGCCCAGCAAAGACCAGCACAGAAUACCACAGACCAGAACAGAGUCCAACCACAGACCAGUACCGACCAGCACAGACCACUACAGAACACCACAGACCAGUACAGAGUCCAACCCCUAUAGACCAACAGCGACCAGCACAACCCAGUAAAGAGCAGCACAGAUCACUACAGACCAUUAGAGAGCAUCAAAAUAAUCAACCCAACUCAACACAUCGACAGUCCCAGUCAACACAGUCAUCUACCUCAACAAGAGCACCCCUCAACUCCCACACCCAAUCCCCCCAGCACACCACCCACCCAGCCCCCUCUCCUCACUCCCCCACGCAGCAGGACCCAUCAACUCCCCCCCAGCCCCCAGCAGCAGCACCUCUCAACCCCCCCAUUCAAUUUCCCCACCCUCCGUCCUAUCCACAGCACCACCCAAACCCAGCUCCCACCCACCUGUCAGAACCCCUCAAUCCCCCUCCCACUCUACCCAGCCUCCCUCCCUCCCUCCACCCACCCACCCAGCCUCCCUCCCAACACCCACCCAUUCCCAGCCGCAUACCCACCCAGUCCCUGCACACCACACACCCACCAGCAGUGUACCAUCAGCAGUGUCCCACCCCGCAACAGCAGCACCCAAGCCCCACAUCCUCUCAACCCAUCCUCCUGAUUGAUGGGGUUCCUGAGACUUUAAAGGCUUCUCCGGGAAUUGAAAAUAUCUAA